AUGGAGACCCUGCCCUUUGAGAUUCAAUACAAAAUAUUGUCUUUUAUUGAUGAUUGCACAUCUCUGUAUAACCUUCUCCGCGCAUCGCCAGCCAUCUCGCGCCUAUUUGACCAUGAAGGCCUUCAGCUCACCCGCACCGUCUUCUCCAAAGAGAACACGUGUGAUCAAAUUCGGGAAUCAAUUCACCUUAUAGCUAUGCUCGAAUCUUCCUCCUUUGCAUAUUCGAGCUUAGCUGUAUUAACCUACGGCUUCAUCCAUAUAACGGUCAAAGAUACACUCCCACUACGAAUAGGCGAAACCCGUCCGACACCCCUUCCUAAAGACUUGCCUGAUAAAACUCCUAUUCCGACAAUCCGCCGGAUUCUCUCUAUAUAUGCACAAAUAAAUCAUCUCACCAUAGCAUGCCUUGAGCACUACCUCGAGAAAUUUAAUGCUCUCCAACCGGAAAACCUUGUUGAUCCCGAGGCUCGGUAUUACGAGAAGAGUCUGCCAUGGACUCAAAGAUUCGAAAGCUUUAAGGUCCCCGUUCACAACUAUGGCCCACCGCUCUGGGAGGAAGAGCAGCGCGUUUCCCGAGCACUCUGGAGAAUUCAAUUAUUCUAUGAGCUAUGCACCGCUGGCCAGUCUCGGCUCGGCUGGCCCGCUGAAGACGUGGCGCGAUUAAAAAGUAUGAACGAGAGCGACCUUUACAUUAAGUGGCACCUAUGUUACGAGACUAAGGAAAUCCAAACUGUUAUCGAGUAUAUCAACUGGGCACGAGCAGCAGACCUCGUCAUCUCCCAUGACCCCAGCAGCAGCAAUAGCGGUGGCUAUAAUAGAGGCAUUCGGCGACUGCCUUUUCUCCGUCAUCCAGUUGAACAAAGGUGGCCAACCCCGCGAAGACCUGAUCCGGAGCCAAUAACCCAAACGUACGAAAUCGAUUCUGGUACAUUUGGUCUGCGACAAUGGCAAAUACUGACAAAGAUAAAUUCUUCGCCCCUGCGCACGGUCAAGUUUGACUCCUAUCGACGGUUAGGGGUCGCACUUUGGUGUAAAAAGAGAUUCCAAGCGAUGGGUCUGGUUCCUAUGAAUCGUGAAGAGCGGCACCCGCAAGUCAACUUAUCGUCAUGGCAAUUUGCGUGGCGAAGUAUCUUAGAUCCGUGCGAGGUGAGAGAAGUAGAGAGGAGAUUACAAAAGGAGUGGGAGGAGGAGCGAGAACCUAAGGAUUAG